GGCGGCGUGGAGGCGGGCGGUGGCGGACGGGCCCCCCCGGCACCCCCCGGAGCCCCGGGACCCCCCCGGAUCCCGGCCAUGAGCGCCACGGAGCCGCCGGGCCGCGGGAUGCGGUUUGCGGAGGGGCAGCUGCGGCGGCACGGCUGGCGGAGAGGGCGGGGGCUGGGGAAGCGGGAGGACGGCAUCGCCGAGGCCAUCCGGGUGAAGGUCAAGUGUGACACAGCGGGGGUGGGACAUGACGCAGCGGAGCCCUUCUCCUUCCACUGGUGGGACCACGUCUUCAACAAGGCAGCUGCCAACAUUGCAGUGGAGGCCGGGCAGGACGGUGUUGCCAUGAAGACCCUUUCUGAGCAGGGAGCCUGGAUCAGCACUAAGAAGCCCCGCAAGGCCGGCGGCACCGGCAGCAUGCUGUACGGCCGCUUCGUGAAGUCAGCCACGCUCACAGCAUCCGGGGAGGAGUCGGCGAAGCUGCCCACUGGCUCGGAGAGCAGCGAGGAGGAGGAGGAGAAGCUGGACCUCUCUUCAGCCAGGAGGCUGACGGAUGAGGAGCUGAUGCGAGCAUGCGGCGGCCGCACGGCACACAAGGGUGCCCGUCACGGCCUGACCAUGAGUGCCAAGCUGGCGCGCCUGGAGGAGCAGGAGCGAGCCUUCCUGGCCACGUACCGACGGAAGGAGCAGCAGCGUGAGCCCCCAGAAAACAGCCCCCCAGCUGAGGGGCAGAAAACAAUAAAGGAAAAAAAGAAACAGUCCAGGGACAGAGCCAACCCCGAGCUGCUGCAGGAGCCAAGUGGAGAAGAGGAGCUGGCAGGAGAGGAAGGGAAGGUCGUGAAAAGGAAGAAGAAGAAGAAGCAGGAGCCAAGCAGGGAAGAGGAGGUGGCAGGAAAGGAAGAGAAGCCUGCAAAGAGGAGGAAGAAGAAGAAGCAGGAGCCAAGCAGGGAAGAGGAGGUGGCAGGAAAGGAAGAGAAGCCUGCAAAGAGGAGGAAGAAGAAGAAGAAGCAGGAGGAGGAAGACGAAGAGCUAGAUGAGCCAGAAAAGAAGAAAAAGAAGCAGCAGCAGGAGGAAGAAGACAAAGAGCCAGAAAAGAAGAAGCGGCAGCAUCGGGAGGAGGAGGAAGACAAGGAAGAGCCAAAAAAGAAGAAGGAGGAGGACAAAGAAGAGCCAGCUGAGACCGAGGUACCUCUAGAAGACACAGAUGGGUCUGAUCACGCUGGGCACAGGCCCAGGAAGAAGAGGAAGAAGAGGAAGAGGGAGCCAGAGUGAGCAGGGACCAAGGCUGCCGCCCUGCACAGCUGCACCAUCUGGCUCUGAGGGUCCCGAUCCUGCCUACUGGUGCCCAGGGGGUGCUCCGGGCCCUUCUCAGGUGGAGCCCAACACUGAGGCCCCCAGCUGCAUGUUCGCUGCCUGGAGACACUGGGCUGGGACUGGUUGGUCUGGAGCUGGAUCAAGCUUUGCACCACCCCCGGGAGCCUUCCUUCUGCCAGGGGUGACCCCAGUGCCCACCAGCCCCGAGGCGGGGGACACCAGUUUGCCAUGGGUCUGUCGCAGAGGGCCACAGAGGGACAGCCCCCACAUUUUCAAGGGCACAAAUAAAAUCUUUAUUGCAGUGAAA